AUGCCACCAAACCAUGAGACGGUCGUUCAUCGCGCCCGCAUUUACGCGGACGUCUGCACCGAAAAGGAGCCCGAGUAUAGCGACUACGAGCAUUUGAGCAUAGCGUGGGGAGACCAGGACCACUACGAGGUGGUCCGAAAAGUCGGCCGGGGCAAGUAUAGCGAAGUUUUCGAGGGCGUCAACGUGGCAGGCGAGACACCAACGCGCUGUGUCAUAAAAAUCCUCAAGCCGGUGAAAAAGAAGAAAAUUUUGCGCGAGGUCAAAAUCCUGCAGAAUCUGCGGGGCGGGCCCAACAUCAUCACGCUCCUGGAUAUCGUUAAGGACCCGCACUCCCGGACUCCCAGCCUCAUCUUCGAAUAUGUGGAGAACACGGACUUCAAGGUGUUGUACCCCACUUUGACGGAUCUGGACAUCCGGUACUACAUCCACGAGCUGCUGAAGGCGCUUCAUUACUGCCACAGCAUGGGCAUCAUGCACAGGCGAGGCUGCGGCUGUUGGAUGGGACCGCACAACGUGAUGAUCGACCACUCGCGGCGGCAGCUGCGGCUGAUCGACUGGGGGCUCGCGGAGUUCUACUUUCCGGAGCGGGAGUUCAACGUUCGGGUGGCGUCGCGCUACUUCAAGGGCCCUGAGCUGCUGGUGGACUACCAGCUGUACGACUACUCCCUGGACAUGUGGAGUCUGGGCUGCAUGCUGGCAGCCAUCGUCUUUAAAAAGGAGCCGUUUUUCUUCGGCCAUGAUAACUACGAUCAGCUGGUCAAGAUUGCCCGGGUGCUGGGCACUGCAGACCUGCAUGCGUACCUGGACAAGUUCGGGUUGGAGCUGGAGCCGCAGCAGGAGGCACUGCUGGGCAGCCACAGUCGCAAGCCCUGGUCCCGCUUCGUGAACGCGGACAACCAGCACCUCGCCACCCCGGAGGCCAUUGACUUCAUCGACAAGCUGCUGCGGUACGACCCCCAAGAGCGAAUCACGUCCAAGGACGCGCUCAACCACCCGUACUUCGAUCCGGUACGCGCCAUGAGCAGCGGCGCCGCGUGAGGAGAAGGAUGAGCCAGACUACUUUCCUCUUGUCUUGCAGUGGUGGUGGUCGGCGGUGGGUUGUGGUGGUGUGAUGCAGUGCCUGUCGAGUGUAGGGCCCGCCGAGGCAGCGGAGGCAGGGGAGGCGUCGACAUUGGGAGCAGUGUCGGUCGGAGCAGCAGCAGGGCAGCCGGCUCGGGUGGUAUUGCCCGGCGGCACACACACAGAGACACACACACACAGGCACACACGGUAGUCGGUUCCGUUAUUGCUGUUGUUGGUGUUAUUGUUGUUGGUCGCCCGGGGUUGUGUAUCUUCCCCCCCCCCUCCAUGUAUGUUGUGAUUCUCCCUUCGGCGUCGGCGGCGGCCCCAGUGGUUCAACUCUUGUGUCUUACCUGUCACAAUACAUACAUACAUGCACACACAUGCCGGGGGGCUGUGUGCGUCACGUGUGUUACAUGGGGUAUAUGUCCACACGUGAUGGUGGUAUGGUGAUGAUGGGAAUAAUGGUGUUAUUGAGAUAACCGUUUAUUCCAAAACCCUUCGUUCCAAACAAACAAACAAAGGAGAACAGCCGCCUGAGAGGUCCUCCAUUACGAGCUUGUAUCGAAGCGGCUGUUGAAGGUGCGCUUGAAGAGGAGGAACGGGGUUUCCCAUAGCCUGAGGUUCGGGUGAGAGACUUGGGCUAGGGUGCCUGCUUCUUAUGACCCUGUGUUGCUGGGGCGGCGGCCGUGGGGCUGAUGGCUCUUCUCUCGUCGAUGCGUUUAUCUCCGGCAGCCGUGAAAUGAACAUGUUGCUUAGGUAGCUGCAUGCUGUACAGCCACCUAUCACUAAUUUAGCAAUGGUGAAGGAAAAUGGAGGUCUUGCAGCAGCGGCCAGCUUGCCGGAAAUCAAAGCGGAAGUGAAAAACUUUUUCCUAAUCUCUCCUACUCACCGUCUACUACUAUACUGCUCCUGUACUUGCCGUGCUGUUGUUCGGCUAAAUGUUGUUGUAACUCUUUUCACAAUGUAUGUGUGUAGCCAACCUUUCGGAUUGUGAUGAGAGGUGUGUAUGUGUUUGUGUGUGUGUGCAUGUCUUGUGUUGUCGCACCAGGCGUUGCGGCCUGUUGUUUGCCUAUCUACCGAUACCUGCGGCCCACGGAGGGACGGACCGGGUUCAGGGAGCAGUCACGAAGCCUGGGGUGCAUGUUGCGGUGGGAGUAGGUGGUAGGGGUCAAGCUGCAGCGCACUUUGCGGGACCUUCCGCCUUCCCCACAAAGACGAGAGCUAAUGAGAAAGAUUGUGUGUGUGUGAGUGUGUGUCGGGGUGGAUGAACUGAUGGAAAUGUACGUAAAAAGUCCCGUCCGUGGCACAUGUUUUUAGGUAGCCGGUGGUGGUGGUGGCGGGUAUAUGCCUGCGGCAGAUGGACGUAUGCAUGUAUGUCCAGGCGCGAGCAAUCUUUUCAUUUUCAUCUUGAUGCGGUUUUGCCACACGGCGCCUGGAUGAUGUGUUCCGACUCAACACUCUGCAACGUGUGCGUUUUGUAGGAUAAGAUGCGCAAUAAACCCUAAAGCGGGGGAUAUCGAAACCCUGGUGCGGACCCUUCCCCAUCGCCCAUCAUCCAACCGACAGGCGUACCUGACCACUUGCACGGCUCUCUGAAUGCUCCUACAUGUGUAUGUACGAAUGUAUGUAUGUAUGUACCUAGGUACAC